CGGCGGGGCGCGGCUGCGGCGCCCAGCGAGGAUGCGCCGGGGGAGGCGGCCGCCGGCGGCAGCGAGGAAGGUAGUCGGAUCCCAGCAGAAAUAUUGGACUAAAAGCAUGGGAAUCUGAAGACCUCUGUUUCUCCUAGAAAAGGGAUAAGAUUAAAAAAGCAGGAGGAGAGAUGGGAAACCCAGAAAACAUUGGAGAUGCCUAUGUUGCUGUGAUUCGUCCAAAAAAUACUGCUAGCCUGAAUUCUCGGGAAUAUCGAGCUAAAUCCUAUGAAAUUUUGCUGCUCGAAGUUCCCAUUGAAGGUCAAAAGAAAAAAAGAAAGAAAGUUUUGCUGGAAACUAAACUGCAGGGAAGCACUGAGAUAACCCAGAGCAUCUUGGAUUAUGUAUUAGAAGCCACCAAACCAAUAUCACCAGCCAAUCAGGGUAUUAAAGGGAAGCGUGUAGUGUUAAUGAAGAAGUUUCCUCUUGAUGGAGAGAAGACAGGCCAGGAGGCAUCACUUUAUAUCGUUCCAACUGUUGUGAAAGAUAAUACAAAAUAUGCAUACAGUCCGGGAUGUCCCGUGUUCUACUGUUUACAAGACAUCAUGAGGGUCUGCAGUGAAUCCAGCACCCACUUUGCUACACUUACUGCAAGAAUGUUAAUUGCCUUGGACAAGUGGCUGGAUGAACGGCAUACCCAGUCUCAUUCCAUCCCAGCUUUAUUCAGACCAUCUCCUCUUGAGAGAAUUAAAACAAAUGUAAUAAACCCUGCCUAUGCUAUAGAACCUGGUCAAACAGAGAGCUCGUUACACAUGGGUUAUACUGCCUUGGAAAUAAAGAGUAAAAUGCUGGCACUAGAGAAAGCAGAUAUGUGUAUCUAUAAUCCCUUGUUUGGGUCUGACCUUCAAUAUACCAAUAGGGUUGACAAAGUGGUAAUAAAUCCAUAUUUUGGCCUUGGAGCCCCAGACUAUUCAAAAAUUCAGAUUCCUAAAAGAGAAAAGUGGCAACGUAGCAUGAGCAGUGUCACAGAGGACAAGGAACACCAGUGGGUAGAUGAUUUCCCUCUUCAUCGGAGUGCUUGUGAAGGCGAUUCUGAUUUACUAAGCCACCUUCUGGACAAAAAGUUUUCUGUUAAUCAGUUAGACAGUGACCACUGGGCACCUAUCCAUUAUGCAUGCUGGUAUGGAAAAGUUGAAGCCACUCGGAUGCUGUUAGAGAAAGGGAAAUGCAAUCCAAACCUUUUGAAUGGCCAGCUUAGCUCUCCUCUGCAUUUUGCUGCUGGAGGUGGGCAUGCUGAAAUAGUACAAAUUUUACUGAAUCAUCCAGAAAUUGACAGACACAUUACUGAUCAACAAGGAAGGUCUCCACUGAAUGUCUGUGAAGAGAACAAACAAAACGAAUGGGAAGAAACUGCAAAACUGCUGAAGGAAGCCAUAAAUAAACCUUAUGAAAAGGCGCGGAUUUAUCGUAUGGAUGGGUCAUACCGCUCUGUUGAGCUGAAACAUGGAAACAAUACCACUGUACAGCAGAUAAUGGAAGGGAUGCGUUUGUCUCAAGAAACUCAGCAAUACUUCACUAUCUGGAUCUGUUCUGAGAAUCUCAGCCUCCAACUGAAGCCAUAUCACAAGCCUUUGCAGCAUAUUCGAGACUGGCCUGAAAUAUUCACUGAACUGACAAAUCUGGAUCCUCAGAGGGAAACUUCACAGCUUUUCCUGAGAAGAGAUGUGAGACUUCCACUGGAAAUAGAAAAAAAGAUUGAGGAUCCAUUAGCUAUUCUUAUUCUUUUUGAUGAAGCCAGAUAUAACUUACUGAAAGGUUUCUAUACAUCACCUGAUGCCAAACUGAUCACACUGGCAAGUCUGCUCCUACAAAUAGUCUAUGGAAAUUAUGAGAGCAAGAAGCAUAAACAGGGCUUUCUGAAUGAAGAAAAUCUUAAAUCCAUAGUGCCAAUCACUAAACUGAAGAGUAAAGCUCCUCACUGGACAAACAGGAUACUUCAUGAAUACAAGAACCUCAGCACCAGUGAAGGUGUAAGUAAAGAGAUGCAUCACCUUCAGCGCAUGUUUUUGCAGAACUGCUGGGAAAUUCCUACUUAUGGAGCAGCUUUUUUCACCGGCCAGAUAUUCACCAAAGCAAGUUCAAGUAGCCAUAAAGUCAUCAAAGUGUACGUAGGAGUCAAUGUGAAAGGGCUGCAUCUCCUCAACAUGGAAACAAAGGCUUUACUCCUCAGCCUAAAGUAUGGCUGCUUUAUGUGGCAAUUGGGAGAUGGUGAUACAUGUUUUCAAAUACACAGUCUGGAAAACAAAAUGAGCUUUAUUGUGCAUACCAAACAGGCAGGUCUCGUCGUAAAACUUCUGAUGAAAUUAAAUGGCCAGUUAAUGCCAAGUGAAAGAAAUGAAUGAUGGAAAAGUUAUGAAACAGCAUCUUAUGGCUAAGCAAAAAACAAUUCCCAUCCUAACAGAAGACUUCCACAAACAUGAGUUUUACACAAUAGAAAAGUCUAUUUGUACAGUUGUUUUUUUAACUUUGUACAGAAGCUGCAUGGUUUAUUUUUUUAAAAAACUAUACAACAUAUCUAUUAUUUUUAUAAAUAUUUUUGUUUUGCAUAUAAGCUAUUGUAGAGCUUCAGGUAAACCAAUAAAGCUAGUAAAAUGUAAAUUUCAGUCAGACGAGAGUGAAUAAGGAAUCAUUCUUGAUUCUUGAUUGUUGGACGAGAAUGAAUCUGGGAACUAUGGCUCCCAGAGGAUUAUGGGACUGCUGGUGCCAUUAGGCAAGUCUCAGUUAACCUAUUUACCUUUCCUGUCUUUCUGUGGAACAUCGAGGAGGUUGUAUAUGUUUUAGUAUUUGUAGACAAACUUUAUUUUUAAAAUACUGUUGAUAAGUAUGCCUAGAAGACCAGUCAAUCCUUUGACCAACUACUUUUGAUAAACUCAUAUUUUUUAUUUGGUUUCUGACGAAUGUUAUAGCUGGCUUUAUUUUUACUCUUUCUCAUACUUUGUAUUCAAAUUUAUUCUAAAAUACUGCAUGAGGAUGUCAAAAGGGAAAUACUUUGAAUCUACAAAAGCCAUAUUAAAUGUUUAGCAUGCUUGUUAUAGGAAAACUGGAUUUUUACUUUUGCUGUGCAAUAUAAAAUUUUGUAUGUGAAGGAGAGACAGAUACAGAUUUAUAAAUAAAUCUUAUUCAGAAGUCUUCAGAAAGUUUAAUAAGUCUUACCCUGGAUUGCAAUACAUAUGCAGUAACAAACGCUCAUAUAGGAUGUACUGAGUUAUUUCUGUUAAACUCAUUCUCCUACUCAUUACUUAUUUCAGUUUAUUGAAACCACAAGGAGUGCAGGAUGCAGGAAUGAAUAUACUUUAUGUAACAGUUACAGUUUGAUAAUGCAACAAUACAGUUUAUAAGCAUUCUUGCUCUUUGCAGUUAGGACUGGGUCUUAACGUGUUGGGUCUUAAGUGUAAGGUUGAAUGCUAUGGAGUCUGAAACGUCGUUGUACCUUAAAAUAGUAUUCAUGAUACAUCUUUAAAAAUCCUAGUUGCAUUUUGGGGUUUUAAGUGCACUUGACUAUUUCUUCCAUGUAAACUGCAUGCUAAAACAGUGUGCAAUAUUUUGUAAAGUAACUUACAGACAAGUGGCUUUUUUUGUUGUUUUUUAAAGUGAAGAUUAAAACAAGUGUUAGGAACUGUGUUGUUUUAUAAUGCCUUUACUAGUACCUCACUACUAGGAAGUACAUUUUAAGAAAUUAACAUCUUAAAAAAAAAAGUGAACAGGGAGACUUCAUUUGUUACCUUCUUAGAAAGCUGUGCUUUAAAACUGAAACUUCACUGUCAUGAAGAACAGUAAAUCAUGGAUGGUUAUCUUUUAUUUAAGGUAAAUAAUGCAACAGUUAGGUCCAUCAUAGUGCGUCCUUGCUAUCGUGGCGCACUGGUAUCAGAAGUACUCUUCCAUACACAGCACUUUGUUACAAAACUAGAGGAAGAAUGUUAAGAUGUGUGUUACAGUCACAUAUUUAACAACAGUAUUAAUAUGCCUUAAUGCUGUAUAGUUCUUUCUGCUAAGAUUCUUAUUUAUUACUACUUAAUAAAUUGUUUACAACAAGU